AUGCAUCCUUCUACCAUUGCAGCCAUUUUGGCAUUCACUGCCGGCAUGACUGUGAAUGCCGUGCCCGUUAUUCGCCCGGAAGGCACUCCCGAACCUCCAGCUGAUAGACCUCGGACAACCCUUGAGAAUUCUCAAGCUCAGCCUCAGCUGCGUUGUACUAACAGCAUCAGAAGCGAACCUGCCGAAGAUGAAUUCAAUAUCCAUUCAGUUGGGAAGAGAGACCAUCCACCCAGACCUAUGCCUUACUGUCCUGGUAUUGGCGAAGUAUCCGCUGCAAUCCCCUGCAUUAGCCGCCCCCUCACCGCACGAGCUACCAAAGGAGACUCUCAGCGCCUUGUUGGUGACGACGUUAACAACGACCAUCUCGGCAACUCGAUCCCUCAAACUCUCGAAGAAUCCCUAGAGACGGAGAAACAAGCCGGCUUCAGUAAGGAAAAGCGACAGUAUAGGCGACCAUUUCCCAUUAGUUCGCCUCUAAAUAUUCCGCCCUCGGCUGAUCUCCCAUCACUCACACUUUCCGAAGAAUUGCGAGAGACGAAGAAACAAGCCGGCUUGGGCAAGGAGAAGAGGCAAUUACAAGAUUCACGCUACCGUAUUGGGAUUCCAGAAGAGAAUCAACUGACCCCUGAGGAACUCGAAGAGUUGCUGAACAAUUACAAGGAACCUCGCAAAGACUUCAGCAACACUGGUGCCAUGAAGAGAGAUUCCAGAACUGCCAUCGAUAAGGAACCUUUGGGCCACUUUGGGUGGCGUCCCCUUGCCGAGGUCCUUCCGCCGAUCGGAGCUCAGAAGCGUGACCCCCAGGUCAUUGAUGCUGGUGCCACCUUCGACCCUACUAUUCUGCCUGAGCACCUCGUCAAACUCCCCCCGAGCUACAAAGCCAAGCAAUUCGGUCCCGGUCACACGGAAAAGCGCGAUCCCCAGAGAACUCGCCCUGGUGACUCCCGUGCCAGAAUACCCCUCCCCUCCCAAGACGAGAGCAAAUUCCCACACAUCUCCAUUGGGAAGCGUGAUCCCCAAAUCGACGCUGGCUUCGGCUUCGACGCCGGCAUCACCAUCGACCCUGUCGCUCUUCCCGGCCACCUUAAGAAACUCCUUCCAGGCCAGAAAUCCAAGCGUGAUCCCCAGAGAAAUAGUCUAUUUGGGGACGUAGUUCGUCACAAUGGAUUUUCUGGACACGAAAGUGAUAACUUGCCCGUUAAAAAGCGCGAUGCCCAGAGAGACCAGCAGGUGUCAGACCUAAUUCGCCUCCCUGGACGUGUUCCCACCCCGGCAGAAAUGGAUUUCCUCAACUCCCUUGGAAAGGGCGAUGCCCGGAGAGACCGAAUUAAUCUCCCUUCAUUCGGUGGCAACACACUAGAAUCGCAACUCAUCAAGCCCGUUGGAAAGCGCGAUGCCCAGAGAGACCGAAUUGAUCUCCCUGCAUUCGGUGGCAACAUGCCAAUUCCGGAACUCCCCGAGCCCGUUGGAAAGGGCGAUGCCCAGAGAGACCGACUUGAUCUCCCUGCUUUCGGUGGCAAUAUGCCAAUAUCGGAACUCCUCAAGCCCGUUGGAAAGCGCGAUGCCCAGAGAAACCGUCACCUGUCAGACGUAGGUCGUCACAAUAGAUUUGAUGCCAACACAGCACAAUUGCAUCACUUCGACUCCCUUGGAAAGCGUGAUCCCCAAAUCGACGCUGACUUUGGCUUCGACGCCGGCAUCACUAUCGACCCCACCACUCUGCCCGGUCACCUCACCAAACUCAUCCCGGGCCGGCCAGCCAAGCGCGAAGCCCAGAGAAACCGUCACUUGUCAGACGUAGUUGGUAUCCCUGAAUAUGAUUUUCAUACACCAGAAUCGGAACUCAUCAAGCCUUUUGGAAAGCGCGACCCCCAAAUCGACGCUGACUUUGGUUUCGAUACCAGCAUCACUAUCGACCCUACUACCGUGCCUGGUUACCUCAGCAAGCUUACCCCGGGCCGACCAACCAAGCGCGAUACCCAGAGAAACCGCAAUAACCAGGGAAACCGUCACUUGUUAGAAGUAGUUGGUAUUCCUGAAUAUAGUCCCCAUAUCGCAGGAGUGAAUCUCAAGCCCCUUGGAAAGCGUGAUCCCCAAAUCGACGCUGACUUUGGCUUUGAUGCCGGCAUCACUAUCGAUCCUAUCGCUCUGCCCGGUCACCUCAUCAAACUCCUUCCGGGCCAGAAGAACAAGCGUGAUCCCCAGAACCGCGGAAAGGGACAUGUCUUUGGCAAGAUCGCCGAGGGAGUCGUUGGGGGUAUCGGUGCUAUUGCCGAUGGCCUGACUAUUCACCAGGCUCUUCAGGGCAAGCAGGCUUAG